CAAGUACUAUACUUGGAAAAAUCAACAAACGGGGAAACACAAAGAAGCAGAGAUUAGCAGAGGAAUGGGAACACUAACAGCGCCGGCGCCAUGGAAGCAGCUCCUUCUCGGCGCAAUGGAAUCAAAUUCCCACCUAAGGCACUCUUCCUACAUUCAGCUAGCUACGAUCGGUUGUAACGGGAGACCUUCAAAUCGGACCGUUGUUUUCAGGGGAUUUCAAGAGGACAGUGAUAAGAUUCAAAUCCACACCGAUUGCAGAAGUCGUAAGAUUGAGGAGCUUAAGAAUUGCCCUUUUGCUGAGAUAUGUUGGUACUUUACUGACUCGUGGGAGCAAUUUCGGAUCAGUGGAACAGUUGACAUGGUUGAUGGAUCAAAUCCCGACCCCGUAAAACUUGAGCAAAGAGAGAAAUCUUGGUUUUCCACGUCUCUGAGAUCAAGACUGCAGUAUUUGGGGCCGCAUCCAGGACUUCCUAAUCUGAGUGAAGAAACACCGGCGCAAGUGUUUCUUGACCCUUCUGCAGGCCCGGCUGCUGCAUUUUGCGUGCUUUUUCUGGACCCUCAACAGGUUGAUUUCUUGAAUCUGAAGAGUAACCAGAGGGUAACAUUUUCAUCGACGCAAAGUCCCAAUGGAGACAAGUGCUGGACUUCGGAAAGGGUUAACCCAUAAACAUCUGUUCUAUGAUUUUAGAUUCAAACGAUUUGCCAUGUACUGCUAAUUUAUUCUCCUUCGUUUACAUAUAAAAAGGAAUUGCCAAAGCC